AUGUCUGCCCUAGACCAAUCAGGGCCGCAGCCCAUUGGGGCAGACUUUGGUUUUAAUCCAGUCUCUAAUCUCCAUGGCCGCUCGUCUAUCACCUCUAGCUUGGCAGCAGGGUCUUCAAGAAAGGAUAAGAGCAGCUGGCGGCCCUUUCACUCUUCGCGCUCGCGCCCUGGUCGGUCCUUGAAUGAUGCCGCUACUGCACAGGAACCUCUGGGUAGAGAGGACAGCCGACGCAGUCAUGGCACGACUAGUUCUAGCUGGUGGAAGGUGCAUUUUUUUCGCGGCAUGGUCAAUGAUAUCAAACGGAGGGCACCUUUUUACUGGAGUGAUUGGACUGAUGCCUGGGACUAUCGAGUCGUGCCGGCGACGGUUUAUAUGUAUUUUGCAAACAUUCUUCCUGCACUAGCUUUCUCGCUGGACAUGUUCGAAAAGACCAGUCACAGCUAUGGCGUGAACGAGGUGCUUCUCGCCUCGGUUUUGGGUUCUGUGGUUUUUGCAGUGCUGGCCGCACAGCCACUUGUCAUUGUCGGCGUUACAGGUCCCAUCACGGUCUUCAACUAUACCGUCUAUGACAUCAUGAGCCCGGGAGGAACCAACUAUCUCGCAUUUAUGUUCUGGAUUGGGCUCUGGUCGUUGGUUUUCCAUUGGAUCCUUGCUGUUACAAACGCCUGCAAUGGCCUGACAUAUGUGACUCGCUUCUCGUGCGACAUAUUCGGCUUCUACGUCGCCUUCAUCUACCUCCAAAAGGGAAUCCAAGUCCUGACCCGGCAAUGGGGUAUGGCGGGUGAAACGUCUGCGUUUCUCAGCGUCAUGGUCUCGUUGUUGGUCUUGAUGAGCGGCUAUGUUUGUGGUAUGCUCGGCGAAAGCACCCUGUUCCAGAGAAAUGUGCGGAAAUUCAUCGAGGAUUAUGGCACGCCUCUGACGAUUGUGUUUUUCACUGGUUUUGUUCACUAUGGACAUAUGAAGGACGUCCAUAUCGAGACUCUGCCAACGUCAAAGGCCUUUUUCCCCACGGCGGAUCGUAGCUGGCUUGUCGAUUUGUGGGAUAUUAGUGUCGGCGAGGUGUUUCUCGCGAUUCCAUUUGCUAUUCUUCUCACCAUUCUUUUCUACUUUGACCACAAUGUAUCAUCUCUAAUAGCCCAAGGCACCGAGUUCCCUCUUCGCAAACCAGCCGGAUUCCACUGGGACAUUUUUCUUCUUGGUCUCACCACCGGAGUUGCCGGUGUCCUGGGGAUCCCCUUCCCCAAUGGCCUCAUCCCGCAAGCCCCAUUCCACACACAGGCACUCUGCGUAACACGACAAAUCUCCGACGACGACGAAACCAACAAGGGCAAAGCCAUCCGCAUCACCGACCAUGUCGUCGAGCAGCGCGUCAGCAAUCUCGCACAGGGGAUUUUGACUCUGGGCACCAUGACCGGCCCGCUCCUGAUCGUCCUGCACUUGAUCCCUCAGGGCGUACUCGCCGGCCUUUUCUUUAUCAUGGGCGUCCAGGCCCUACAAGCCAACGGAAUCACGCAAAAGCUAGUCUUCCUUGCCCAAGACCGCCAUUUCAGUCCCGCCUCAAACCCGCUGAAACGCCUGGAGCGGCGAAGCGCGAUCUGGGCGUUUGUCAUUCUGGAACUUGUCGGGUUUGGCGCUACGUUUGCAACUACGCAGACUAUUGCGGCGAUUGGGUUUCCCGUUAUUAUUUUGUUGUUGAUUCCUGUGCGCUCGUUCCUGUUGCCGUUGUGGUUUCGGUCGGAGGAAUUGGCGGCGCUGGAUGCGCCGACUGCGAGUCCGUUUACAAUGGAGUCUGUUGGGGGGGUUUUUGGGUUGUCUGGCGACGAAGACGAUGAUAACAACUUCAGGGGGGGCUCGGCAGCAGAUAAUGGUAAUGGUGGUUUGUUCACAACCUCUGGUGAGACGGCUGCCUCGCACCGGUCAAGUUCAGAAGAGUCUGUCGUCGACGAUGAGUUGGAGAGAGGAGAGUCAUAUCGGCUGUCAUCGCGUCCGACUGCGCGGAAGAGGAGUACGACGACCAAGUCGUAA